CCCGCUUCAUCCAUUGUUGGGCAAUAAGUCUGCGCCACCGAAACAAUCCCGACCGAAACUUUUCAGGUAACUUACUUUGUUUCCUUCUUCUGAAACCCGCGACUCCGUUCACUCCGAUCGGCGAACUUGUCGGAGAGGAAGCGCCUCGCGAGGUCGACGGUUGGGAGCGCAGCGCAGCGCGAGGGCAGGAAGAGGGAGGAAAAGUUUUUGAGGCAAGGAAUUCCGCAAUUCUUCAUUCCUCCAUUUUGAACUUUUAAACUCCGGCUUCUCGACUGGAACUGUCGUCGGACACCAUGACCACUAUCAACACAGCAAACAUCAACUUCAAAUGGGACCCAAAGAGUCUGGAGAUCCGUACUCUAGCAGUGGAGAGGCUGCUGGAGCCCCUGGUCACCCAGGUCACUACUUUGGUCAACUCCAGCAACAAAGGUCCAUCUAACAAGAAGAAGGGACGCUCCAAGAAGGCUCAUGUUUUGGCGGCGUCGGUUGAGACAGCUACCGAGAACUUCCUGGAGAAAGGAGAGAAGAUUGCAAAGGAAAGUCAGUUCCUUAAAGAGGAGCUGAUUGCUGCUGUGGAGGAUGUCCGCAAGCAAGGUGACUCCAUGCGCAUGGCCUCUGGAGAGUUUGCAGAAGACCCCUGCUCUUCUGUGAAGAGGGGCAAUAUGGUUCGUGCUGCCAGAGCCCUCCUGUCUGCAGUCACACAUCUGUUGGUACUGGCAGACAUGUCUGAUGUCUACAAACUUCUACUGCAACUGAAACUGGUGGAGGACAGUCUGGUGAAAGUACGUAAUGCAGGAACAGAGCAGGACCUGGGAAUCCAGUACAAGGCCUUGAAACCAGAGGUGGACAAGCUGAACAUGAUGGCUGCCAAGAGACAGCAGGAACUAAAGGACGUCCACCACAAGGACCAAAUGGCAGCUGCUCGUGGGGUUAUGCAGAGGAACAUCCCCAUGCUGUACACUGCUUCCCGAGCCUGCCUCCAGCACCCUGAUGUGGCAGCCUACAAGGCCAACCGUGACCUGAUCUACAAGCAGCUGCAGCAUGCAGUCUCGGGAAUCUCCAACGCAGCCCAGGCCACUGCCACUGAAGACUCAGCACUCAGUCACCCAGCAGGGGGCGGAGAGCUCGCCUACGCCCUCAACAAUUUUGAUAAACAAAUCAUCGUGGAACCUCUGUCGUUUAGUGAGGAGCGUUUCCGUCCCUCCCUGGAGGAGCGCCUUGAGAGCAUUAUCAGUGGCGCUGCCCUCAUGGCCGACUCCUCAUGCACACGUGAUGACCGCAGGGAGCGCAUCGUGGCCGAAUGCAAUUCUGUGCGCCAGGCUCUUCAGGACCUUCUGUCUGAGUAUAUGGGCAAUGCUGGAAGGAAAGACAGGAGUGAUGCUCUGAACACGGCCAUCGACAGGAUGACGAAAAAAACCAGAGACCUUCGCAGACAGCUGCGUAAAGCUGUAAUGGACCAUGUCUCCGACUCUUUCCUGGAGACUAAUGUUCCCCUCUUGGUCCUGAUCGAAGCUGCCAAGAAUGGAAACGAGAAAGAAGUCAAGGAAUAUGCACAGGUGUUCCGUGAGCAUGCCAACAAGCUUAUCGAGGUUGCCAACCUGGCGUGCUCCAUCUCCAACAAUGAGGAGGGAGUGAAGCUGGUCCGCAUGGCAGCAUCUCAACUGGAAACUCUUUGCCCACAGGUGAUUAAUGCAGCGUUAGCCCUUGCUGCCAAGCCCAACAGUAAGGUGGCCCAGGACAAUAUGGAUCUGUUCAAGGAGCAGUGGGAGAAGCAGGUUCGCGUCCUCACUGAUGCCGUUGAUGACAUCACAUCCAUUGACGACUUCCUCUGUGUGUCUGAGAACCACAUCCUGGAGGAUGUGAAUAAGUGUGUCAUCGCUCUGCAGGAGAAAGAUGUGGAUGGUUUGGAUCGCACUGCCGGGGCCAUCCGAGGCCGAGCUGCCAGAGUCGUCCACGUGGUCACUUGUGAAAUGGACAAUUAUGAGCCUGGAGUCUACACAGAGAAGGUCCUGGAGGCUACCAAGCUCCUCACCAACACAGUCAUGCCACGCUUCACAGAGCAAGUGGAGUCUGCAGUGGAGGCCUUGAGUUCCAAUCCCUCACAACCUGUUGAUGAGAAUGAGUUCAUCGACGCCUCCCGUCUCGUAUAUGAUGGAAUCCGCGACAUCCGCAAGGCUGUCCUCAUGAUCAGAACUCCAGAGGAGUUGGACGACUCUGACUUUGAGACCGAGGACUUUGAUGUUCGCAGCAGGACCAGUGUGCAGACAGAGGAUGACCAGCUCAUUGCUGGCCAGAGUGCACGGGCUAUCAUGGCCCAGUUGCCCCAGGAGCAGAAGGCGAAGAUCGCAGAACAGGUGGCGAGCUUCCAGGAAGAGAAGAGCAAGCUGGAUGCUGAGGUAUCCAAGUGGGAUGACAGCGGCAAUGACAUCAUAGUGUUGGCCAAGCAGAUGUGCAUGAUCAUGAUGGAGAUGACGGACUUCACCAGGGGAAAGGGGCCACUGAAGAAUACGUCCGACGUCAUCAGUGCUGCCAAAAAAAUUGCCGAGGCGGGAUCGAGAAUGGACAAACUGGGCCGCACCAUCGCUGACAACUGCCCCGACUCCACCUGUAAGCAGGACCUGCUCGCCUACCUGCAGCGCAUCGCCCUGUACUGCCACCAGCUCAACAUCUGCAGCAAGGUCAAGGCCGAGGUCCAGAACCUGGGAGGAGAACUGGUCGUGUCGGGGCUGGACAGCGCCAUGUCUCUCAUCCAGGCCGCGAAGAACCUGAUGAACACAGUGGUGUCCACCGUCAAGGCCUCCUACGUGGCGUCCACCAAGUACCAGAAGAGCAAAGGGAUGGAGUCCCUCAACAUGCCGGCCAUCUCCUGGAGGAUGAAAGCCCCGGAGAAGAAGCCCCUGGUGAAGAGGGAGAAGCAGGACGACGGGCAGCCCAACCGAAUGAAGAGGUCCUCCAACAAGAAGCAUAUCAACCCCGUGCAGGCGCUCAGCGAGUUUAAAGCCAUGGAUAGCAUCUAGGCUCCACUGUCUUUGACUCGAGUUGACACAGAAUAUUGACCAGUGUGUUUAUAUAGAGAUUGGGCUCAUCACUCUUUCCAAGAGAAAAAAGAUAUUUUAACAUAUGUGUUCUAUCUUUGCAUAGACGGGCUUGUUUUUUUCUUUGACCAAUUAUAUUCCUACACUGCCUCAUUUUUAUUCCAUACGUUCAGAUGUGCUCUAGUCUGUAGUGUUAACUGUCUCUUAUCUGGAAAAUACAGUUAGAGGGAAAUCAACUGGACAAAGGCAUUUCUUUUUUAUAUUUUGUUUCCUUUUUUCUUUUGUCUAUGGAAGGGAAAGGGUGUGGAUCUCAUAGAUAUUAUAAGAAUCAAUUCCAAGAGGCUUCUGAUCGUUUUGUGUUCAAAGCAGUUUUAUAGUAGUACUAUGGGGUUUCUGGUGUGUAAGACUAUGAUGUUUGAUAAAGGCAAAAUUUCUUCUGUACUGCAAAUAUCAACUAUGCAAAGCUCUUCAACUUUAACUCCGUCAAUAAUUGUAGUUCAUGUGGAUGUGCUGGGCUAACGGCUAAGAUCUAAAUAUGUUUUGGUUCACCCUAAAAGAACCAAAGUCGAUAUAUUUGUAUGUACCUGUAUACUUUGUGAUGCCACUAAACAGUCAGAUACGUUUUCAACGCUAUUUUCAGUGCUGUAACUAAUGCUAUGUAUGCACCCCUGUUAACAUUCAGACUGGUAGGUGUAAUUUCUUAAUAAUUUAAGCAUCUCAAAUUAUUAUUUUUUUGUUUUCCAUGUUCACAUGAUGCAGCAAACCAAAGGUCACUGGUAAUUUUUUUCUCAGCCUUCCGUUUUGCUACAUGACUGGUACACGUGCUCCAUCCUAAACUUUGCGGCACACAGAUAUACCCAGUGUGACUUUGUGACUUUUGUGUCGGUGAAGCCAGUGGGCUGAACAAUGAGUGAACCAAGUGUUGGUCGUCUCCAAAGCAGACGAGCUUCAUUAAAUGUCAAUGAGACCAAACAGCUCCUCUGCCCGGAGAGGAAGGGAUUCCUUUGACUUUAAAUUCUCCUUAUUCUUACUGUAAAACACUAAUCAACAUGUUGUCCGGUCGUUGACAAUUCUUUAAUGAAAAAGUAAACCAACUAGAAAACAAGUUGCCAGAUGUUGGAGCUUUAAAAAUGAAGCACGAGAAAGAUUUAUUGUCUUUUUUUUCUUCUUUUUUUUUUACAUCAGGUGACAACUGUGUGAUGUUCACUCUGCAGCUUGUUAUCCAGUCACAGCAUUCUGCCAUUGUGGUGCAUUGGUGUUCUGCGAGGCUUUGACAUCCUGCUGCUUUAGUCUUGGAGCUGAAUCUUUGUUUGGCUCAUUUGACAUCUGCGAACUACGGCGAGGUGGGCAAGUGUGCGGUUGUUUGAUAGGGGGAUCAUUUUUUAUUUUACUGUAGAACGGAGCAUUCCCAGAGUGUGUUUUCAGUUUGUAUCUCCUCACAGUUCGUUUCCCUUUUUGCUGUAUUAGAGUUUGGAUUUAAAUCUGGAGUGACAUCAAACUAUUUGCUGUGGAUUUUUUGUUAUUGAGAGAUGACUUAUUAGUGCACACGUUUCUUAUAUUCAUGUGCCCGCUUUAUAUCUAAAUAAACAAUUGAAAUUGAA